AUGGAACAUUCUGCCGUCAUUCGCAAACAGCCAAAUUAUAAAUACAGCAAUGAAGAAAGUAGCAACCAAUGGACAAUAAUUCCGGCAUUUCCAAGUAAUCUUUACCAUUCCCAAGAGACAGCUUUCAGUUUGGAAGACUUAAAAAAGUCAGAAGUUGAAGAAUCUUGGCACUUAAUGCAACACAAGGAGAAACCUGGUGAGAUCUUGUUUCCAGAGAUUGUCAUUAACCAGAAAUUACCGAAAGCAAAUAUUUCUUUAGGACACAGUGAAUCCCAAAUUUGGAUAAUCAACAAGAAUGGUGUUAUCUACAGCAAAGCAAUGCCCCAGUUGUGCUUGACCGUUUGCACAGACUUAUCUGUGACAACCAAACUGAAAUCCAGUUCAACUGACAUCUCCGGCUAUGUUGUCGCUUUGCAACAAAAAGAAGUUUCCAACCAAGCACAGAUGUGGACAUUUUAUCAGGAUGGAACCAUAUCAACCCUGAUGCAUCCAGAUUUUUGCCUCACAUGGCUCGGCAAUAAACCUUUGGACAAGGAUGAGGAAGCAGACAGACCCGUGGAAGGAAUCAAAGAGGGCCACAAUGUCUUCGUAAUUGCAGCUGAGCGACUGCCAAAAAAAGAAGCUGCCCUCCAGAGAUGGGCAGUGAAGCAAGAAAGAUUUGACAAUUUAGGUCAGUGGAAGUAUACACAAGUGUCGAACCCAGAGUGGAAUAAAUUGGCUUAUUCGUGGCCUGUGUGCUCUGCUACUGGCAAGCUUAAUGAGAAAUAUGAUUGGCCAAUGGAAGGUUAUAUUAUACCAAAUGUUCCUCCUUUAUCAAAGAGUGGUAGCAAAAAUCUUUUAUCUGGUAUCACACCUCUUCGAUUAUUGGUCCUAAGAAAUGGAGAAAGAGAUACGUCAAAGGCUGUUCCAGUCAUUGGACCUAAUGUCACUAAUAUGAAAAAGGCUAUAAAAGAAAGAAAGAAAAGAGAAAAACAGUACAGAUAUAACAAACAUGGGUUGUCAGCAAACAAUGCUGCAGGAGAUUGUCCUGAUCAUCAGGCCAAUGUUCAUUGCAGUAAUAUCACAGUCAGAGAGCUGGAGUUUCGAUUGUUUUUAGAUUCAUCCACGAUUGCCGUCAACUUGAGUUCUGCGGGAAGACGACUGUUUGAUAUUAAUGGAACGGAACUUUACAGCCUUCAGGGUUUGGUCAGGAAUCAGAUUGUCUAUAUCAGUUGCCAUGAGGCUUGGUCUGAUCCAAAGAUAACCAAAACUGAGCAGCAACGCCGGAUUUUAUUAGCACAGCUCUCCUCAGACAUGACCAAAAUCCGACAAUACUGUGCCAUGCGGAACCUAGAAAAUUAUAUACUGAAAGUUGGUGGACCCUUGUGCAGUAAAUCAAAAAUAAUGAUUGGUCAGUUACAUGAAGUGAUGUUGGAAGAGGGAUCUUUGCCAGAAUCAGAUCUGGCAUUGAGUUGUGAAGAGAAAGAUGAUGAGCUUCAAGUGGAAGAAAAAGAGAAGCUUUUUCAGAAAAGUGACCAAACUGGAACGAAAGAACCAAUGUCGCAUCAUGACAUUUCACAUGUACGCUCAGAGGAACGUCUCAACCGACUCAAGUGGCCAUGGGAGAGACUGCAUCUUUCUGUUUCUUUUUUUUCCUUUCUGUUUCUUUUUUUUUCCUUUCUGUUUCUUUUUUUUUCCUUUCUGUUUCUUUUUUUUUUCCUUUCUGUUUCUUUUUUCCUUUCUGUUUCUUUUUUUUCCUUUCUGUUUCUUUUUUUUCCUUUCUGUUUCUUUUUUUUUUCCUUUCUGUUUCUUUUUUUCCUUUCUGUUUCUUUUUUUUUCCUUUCUGUUUCUUUUUUUCCUUUCUGUUUCAUUUUUCCUUUCUGUUUCUUUUUUUUUCCUUUCUGUUUCUUUUUUUCCUUUCUGUUUCUUUUUUUUUCUGUUUUUUUUUUUCCUUUCUUUUCUUUUUUUCCUUUCUGUUUCUUUUUUUCCUUUUGUUUUUUUUUUCUUUUUUUUUUUUCCUUUCUUUUUUUUUUUUCCUUUCUGUUUCUUUUUUCCUUUCUGUUUUUUUUUUUUUGUUUCAUUUUCCUUUCUGUUUCUUUUUUUUUUUUUUUCUUUUUUUCUUUCUGUUUCUUUUUUUCUGUUUCUUUUUUUCCUUUCUGUUUUUUUUUUUCUGUUUCUUUCUUUUCUUUUUUUUCCUUUCUGUUUUUUUUUUUUUCCUUUUCUUUUUUCCUUUUUUGUUUCUUUUUUUUCCUUUCUGUUUCUUUUUUUUCCUUUCUGUUUCUUUUUUUUUCCUUUCUGUUUCUUUUUUUUCCUUUCUGUUUCUUUUUUUGUUUCUUUUUCAACAAAUAUGCUUUCAGUUUCUGUAAUUCUGCGAAGGAAUGCUUUCCCCAACCCUUGUGCAAAUCAACGUCGACUCAGUCCUUUGAGCGGCUGUCAAGAUUUACAUAUGAAGACAACUAUCUUGCCUGUGUAUAUAACAAGAAUCUAGUGCUUGGUACUGGGCCAUCAGAUGGUCGAGGAGUUGAAGUGAUCCUUAUGAAGAAAUCUCCAGAUAAUAUCAACCAACAAUGGAUCAUCAAACCUAAUGGUGAGAUCCAAUCAAAGUCCAGUAAUGGCUACCUCUUGUCAGUUUCUUUUCAAAUCCCCGAGAAGAAAAUGACUGGAUUGGACGGGCAAUUUUCAUGUGAAGGUUGUCCAGUCGUUUUACAGCAGGCAAAAGGCAAUGCAUACGGCAACGCUCACCAAAAAUGGUACUAUGAUGCAGAAACUGGCUACAUUCAUGCAUUUCAUGCAGAAGUUCUCAAUAAAGAAAUCACGGCUGCCAACCAAACUAAUGUCUGCACAUUUGCCAUCACGUCAGAAAAGAAAAUUGACCAACCGGGUUACAGCAUGUGUCUUCAAGAGAAGUCUGGAUCAAAAGAAGACCAGCCCAAAUUAUCCACUUUGUGUGAAUCUUGUGCACAUGUAAUGAGAGGGAAAUAUCAUCUGCAGAAAUUGGAGCCUGGCAUAUCAUUCUCCUGUGCCAUGGGACAAUCCGAUAUGCUUAAACAUCAUGGAAGUUUCCAGAUUUUAAACAGCAAAGUUGAUUUGUCUAGCCACGAAGCGCUGUUGACUCUGCAACAUUGGGAAGAGAGGAUCAAGCAGCUGCGGGAAAUAACCAACGUGCAUACAAUUGCCACGGAGAUUGCAGAAACACAGAACGUGCGUACAGUCAAGUUGUUGGCCUACAAAAAUGGAGAUGGACGCCUCAGGAGUGGCCAGCUCAUCAUUGGAUCAAGUAUCGAAGGGCUUCUUCAGCAAUGCACUCAGCGCCUUGGUUUGGUCAAUGCUGCUCGAAGGAUGUAUACAGAAGAUGGCAAACUCAUCCUGAAAGUGGAUGACCUUGUGAAAGGAGCAGUUGAGAAUUGCAAGUCAGUGUUUGAACAUCAAGUAGAUAAAUAUAUUAAUGACAAACAAAAUGAAGAAAACAGACUAAACAAUUCCAGAGAAAGUUGUGAAUUGCAACCAGAGAAGGAACAAUUGUCUGAGGGGGAUCAAAAAGAAACAGAGAAAUUGUCCAAAGAAAGAGAGCUGUUCCUGAGCAAAGUGUCUUUGCCACCAUUGAAUGUCAUCUUAAAUUUCCCAAUUGAGGUAUGGGUGUCCAGUGGCCGUCAGUUCAUCUCCCCAGAAGUUGUUGAAUCUAAAGAAGAGAAUCGAAGAAAGAAACGUUCUUUGUGUGCUGAUAUUGCACUGGAAUUGGAUCUGCAGAAACACAUCCUCCGACAAGUGAAAGGUCGACGGUUGGAAGAAUUAAAUCCUGGAGACUACAAAUCGACACAGAGCAGCAAGCAACCUGUUGUUAUCACUGGACACUGGGCACAACCUACGAAUGAAGAAUGUGAAAGACAGGACAAAGUUCACAAGCUGCAGAACCAUUUAAAUGUAGUGAAAGGAAACCAGAAUGAAGCUGUAGCAAUGAAACCUUUUAACCCCAAAAUUACAAAAAGGCUUUACAAACAACCAGAUACUAAACGGAUAAAGGUUUACCCAAAUGGUGAAAACCGUGAUGAACGCAGUGCCUAUGUUUGUGGUUCCUCUCUGGAAGAAAUUCUUGAACAAGCCAAGGAGAAGCUGGGGUUCUGGAAAAAGGCAAAGCUGAUGUAUAGCAAAGAAGGCAAACUGAUUGAGACAUUUAAAGAUAUCCAGCGAGAUGAUGUGCUGUUUGUUUCAACUGGACAACCAUUUCAGAAUCCAUUGACAAGUCAGCAGGAUAUCCAGUUGAAAGCUCAGUGGGCAAGAGCACGAAAGAUCCACGGCCCUCAGAUUACUGAUAUUACAGUCAGUUCUGAACGAAAUCCUGUGGUUAAUGUUGAUCCUUUUGCAGCACCUUCCAAGAAAAAGGAACCCCUGAUCAAGCCUGGAGGACAAAACUGA